AUGGAUAAAAAAAGUUAUAGCAGUAUUCCAUCAUCGACAACACCAAUGAGUGGGUCAGGAGGUGGUGGUGGAGGUGGUGGUGGAUCAUCAGAAUUAAAUUUUAAAUUAACAUUAGAAGGAUUACAAAAAGAAGUUAAAUCAUUAAAAACCAAAUUAGAUAAUUGUGAAAGAGAGAAUAAAGAUUUAAAGAAAUCAAUAUAUGACCUAACUAUUAGAUAUGAUAUGGUAUCACAUCAAUUAGGUAAAGGUACACAAAAACCAUUCAAUAUAGAUGCAGUGUUUGGUGCACCACAAACACCUGAAGUUAAUUCAAAUGGUACUGAUGGUCAUCCAUCAAUAGUUUCAAUUCAAUCACCACCUCCAACCCUAACUUCAAACGUCAGUGAUGAACGUUUAUUAUUAACUUCAACUCAACAAAGAAAUAGUAAUAAAAAAAUGGAUGAACGUCAUUUCUUUUAUAAAUUUACUUUAAAGGGACAUAAUGCAAGUGUUUAUACAGUUGAUUUUUCACCAUGUGGUAAAAUGUUAGCAUCAGGUAGUUUUGAUAAAACAGUUAAAGUAUGGGAUGUAUUUAAUCAAAGAGAAAUGGCAACAUUUAAUGAACACACAGUUAAUGUUAGUGUAUUACAAUGGAAUAAUAAUUCUACAGAGAUUUUAUCAGGUUCAUAUGAUAAAACAGUUAAACUUUGGGAUUUAAAUUCAAAUAAAUUAAUCUCUUCCUAUAAUACAAGUGGUUUCAUUUUAGAUGUUAAAUUCUCACCAAUUGAUAAUAAUAUUUUCUUUGCUGGUAAUACACAAAAUCAUGUAAUUGGUUUUGAUAAGAGAACUCCAAAUUCAAUUAUAGUUUUAGAAAAUGAUGCAUUAAUUAAUUCAUUGUAUGUAUUUAAAGAUGGUCAACAUAUUUUAACAGGUGAUUCACUUGGUAAAUUAAAAGUUUGGGAUUCAAGAAAAGGUAAUAAGAUUAAUUUUCCAGAAUCAUUUCAUUAUGAUGGAUGUGUUGAUGGAUUGGCAGGUAGUUUUUCAAAUUCAGCAAACAAUGCAUUGGUUGACGGUUCACCAUUUGAAAUCGGUCCAGAGAAUAGACCAAUCAGUGGUAUUACAAUGUCAUCAAGAAGUGGUGGUAGUGGUGAAGAUGAUGGAAGAUUUUUAGCAGUCAAUAGUUAUGAUAAUGUAAUUAGAGUUUAUGAUCGUUCAAAAGUAUCCAUUGUAUCACAUCCAUAUUCUUUGGCACCAAUGAGUUUAAUUCAUUCAUUAACUGGUCAUAAAAAUAAGAAUUGGCCAAUUAAAAGUAGCAUUUAUGUUGGUAAAGAUUAUAAUCAAGAUAGUGUAGUCAAGAGAACUUUAGGUGUUGGUAAAUCAAUGAAUGACGGUUCAAAAUCAAUCAUAGAUGAUGACGAUGACGAUGAUGAUGAUGAACAACCUGAUAUUAAUCAAUCGGUUUUAUUAGCUACUGGUUCUGCAGAUUACAAUGCUUACAUCUACGAUAUUGGUUUUGGUAAACAAUCUGGUAAAGUCUUACAAAAGUUAGAAGGUCACACCGAUAGAGUUUACUCUGUUAAAUUUCAUCCUUCAGAACCAAUUUUAGCUUCCUGUUCUGCUGAUAAUACAAUAAGAUUUUGGACUCCAAAGAAAAAAAUAUUUAAUAAUUAA